UCCCACCAAAAUUGAACCCUGUUUCCUAAAAUUCACCCCUAAAUUCCACCUUCCCCACACAAAUCCCUCUCAAAAUCCACACCCCAACCAUGUCCAAACUUCAAUUACCCAAAAAUUCCCCAGCCAAGGCCCCUCCCUCCCCAGCCAAAAGUCCAAAAUCCAAGGAUUUCCUUAAGGAAAUCCAGCAUUUGAACCAAACGCUCCACUCCCGCAAGCAGGGACUGGAGGCUCGCCAGCUAGAACUCACUCAGGAAAUACAGCUGUGGACUAAUCUACUGGCCGUGCCUGAAGUCUUGCUUGCACGGCUUGUGAAGGAGAAGGGCUGCAAGAGUAAUCUAGGUGAGGCACUGGGAAGGGAGAGGAAGGAAGUAGGCGAGCUAGGCAAAUGACUGAAGCAGAUGAAGGAGGUGAGAAGGGAUUUAAGUGGGGAAAGUAGGAAGAGACAGAAGAAAGAGGAGGAGAAGAAGCAGGAAGUGAAGGUACAGAUGUCAGGAGGGAAUGGAAUGCAGCCGUAUAUGUUGCCCAAUGGGUAUAGAGGGCCUGAGACUAUGGGAAAUGGAUAUAUGGGGAUGGGAUAUGCUAAUGGAUAUAACCGUGAUGUUUUUAACCAAAAGAUGCAAAAUCCAGAGCUACCUUUUCAGAAUAUCCAAAAUCCUGAGACUAAUACAAAGCUUGGAGAUGAAGAUCUCGUACAGCUUAAUGAAAGUAAAGGUUUAGUCAAAACUGAGAAAGAUAAUCCCUCUGAACUUGAUACAGGAAAAAUGCGAGAAGAUUCCAUAUUUGCUUGUUCUCAAGUUAAACAAGAAUCUGAUGAUGACCUUUUUGCAGAUUAUCAAAAUGAUACAAAAAUGGAAUCUGAAGAUGACAUCUUUGGAGAUCAUAAUUCCCAGCCUGAAGCUACUAGUGAAGCUUUAGAUGGAAAAGAUAAAGAAAUUCCUGGAAUUAUUAGUGGAAGCCAACAAACUGAUUAUAACGAAGAUUUUGAUUUGUUAGAUGAUUUUGAAACAAAGAAAUCCCAAAAUUUGUAUGAUUCUAAUUCUUCAGGAAUGGAUAACGCAUCUCUUUACCCCCAAGGACCUCCUGGAGGCACUUUAUUUCCCCAACAACCUCCUCCAAUGUGAGAUCAAUUUAUGGGCGGGCAUAACUACAUGAUGCCUCAUUCUUCACCAUACGAUAUGCCUCCUGGAGCACCCUUCAUGAACUAUAAUUUUAUCAAAUCUGAAGGAAACAUGUUUAAAACUGAAGGGAACUACAUGAUGGGCAACCAAGGCUUGAAGCAGGACAGCUUCGGUGGCAUGCCUUACAUAAAGCAAGAAGUGCCACCUCAAAAGCCUCAUAAGACUAAGGGCAAGAGGAACAAAUACAAGAUGAUUCCUACUGAGAUGAAAAGGAAGGCAGUCAAACUUGCUCAUUCUAAAGGUGCCAAAUUUGCUUCCUCAUUCUAUAAAGUCGCCUCUAAGAGCCUCAAACGAUGGAUGAAGGUUGGCUGCGAGCGCAAGAAAGGAGGAGGACGCAAGACUAAGGACCCAAAGAUGGAAAAGGAGCUAUAUGCUUGGUACCUUAACAAGAAACACCAAGGAAUACCUGUUACUGCAAAAAUGGUCAAAGAUAAAGCAAUUGAUCUAAAAAAUUGUGAUGACUUUAUUGCUUCAAAAGGAUGGCUAGACAAGUUUAAGAUUCGAUUUAAUCUUGAGAUAUCCAAGGAAACUAAUAGAGAUGGUUACAAACGAAGCGCCAAGAACGCAGAAGCUGCUAUCCGAAAGCGAGGGAAAAGUACCCUCCCUCCAAAAUUAAUCUCAGCUGAUCAAAGUAGCAAAUCUGAAGAUUUUGACUCUAAAAGUUCUGCUCAAAAGUCUAGCUACCAAGAUGAAUUCCUGGAUACUGAAGGGGAUAAGAUCAGUCAAGAGCAGAACAAAAUCCACGUCCAGCCUGAAAAGAAAGCAUGGGGUCACAAGAGGUCUGCUUCCCACAAGAAUAGGUUUGAUGAGGCUUCUUUCCCAGAUGGGCGGGGGACUGGUAUUGGGUCAUUGUUCCCUCCUUCCGAUAAUGAGGGCCCAUUUGAUAUUUAGGUGAAUUUGAUAAAUUGUUUAUUUCAGUGGAUUUUUGUAAAA